AUGAGGCAUACUCUGACGGCAGUGGCGACGUCGACUAGGAAGGAAUUCGAAUACGGAGGGAGAACAGAUGGUUCGCCGGUCCUGGGUUCCGCCGACAGCUAUAGAAACCAAGGAGGACUCGGCGGCGACAAUUGCAGCAAGGGUAAGGGGUCGACUCCUCUAGGUUUGCAUAGGACGAGAGGGAAAGCGGGUGGCGUCGCCGCCGUCUCUCUGCCUGUCGGCGGCGGACACAACAUGAGAAACGACGAUAAGAGUGGAUAG